AUGAGGACCUCUAUUCUUGCCUUAGGCGCUUUCGCCGGGCUCGCCUCAGCCAACAUCAACUUCAACUGGGUCAACCCUACCUGCGAUAUCAAUGCCCCCAGCCGCUGCCUGACCGGACAGCACUGCGGUGACGACAACAAGUGUGUCGCCGACAUCAAGAGCGACCACUCCAAGAUCUCUUCUUCCCACCUUCGCGUUGUUCCGGAGAAGAGGCAGGCCAAGUACUCCCAGGAUGGCCAGUGUGGCCCUGCCUACGGCAACUUGCUCUGCGACCCCAACAGCACAGUCUACAGCGGUUCUUGCUGCUCGCAGUACGGAUGGUGUGGUAAUACCGAGGGUCACUGCGGAACUGGAUGCUUGUCUGGCUGCGACAACACUCCUGCUACACCUGUUGCCACCAAGGCCGCAGCUGUCCCCGCUAGAGACGACGGUCGCUGCGGUAAGGACUUCGGCGAUGCCACCUGCGAUUCCAACGGCGCGUACGGCGGGUGUUGCAGCUCUUACGGAUACUGUGGUUCGACUGACGGCCACUGCCUCGUUGCUGAUGGCUGCCAGAACGGCUGCAAGGAUGCCACCACCACCAAGGCCGCUGCCACCACCGCUGCUGUUUCCCGUCCUCCUUCCACCACCACCUCCGGCGAGCCCGUUCUCGGCAAGCCUACAAGCGUUGAGGUUGCUCCCACUACACCCACUGGCGUUCAGACUACCGAUGGAAGCUGCGGUGCCACUUUCGGAGACACUAUCUGCGGUAACUGGGCUCAGGGAUCUUGCUGCUCCAUGUACGGAUACUGUGGUAACACCACUGCUCACUGCGGUGAAGGCUGCCAGUCUGGUCCUUGUGUCAACGCGCCUGCUGUCCCUGCCCCCAAGGCCAGCCCUGCUCCAGCUGCUGCCAAGCCUGGUACCAUUCAGAUCAAGGGUCGCUCUGGUGUCCCUGCCAUGCACGCUGGUCUGAUGCCCAACGGAAAGGUUGUCUUCCUUGACAAGGUCGAGAACUACACCGAGCUCACGCUGCCCAACGGCCAAUACGCCUACUCCUCCGAGUAUGACCCGAACACCCAAAAGCUCACUCCCCUGGCCUACAAAACCAACGCCUUCUGCUCUGGCGGUAUCUUCCUUGCUGAUGGACGCUUUGUUUCCCUCGGUGGUAACGCCCCUCUUGACUUCAUUGACCCUACUGUUGGUGAUGGUUUCAAGGGUAUCCGUUUCCUCGAGCGUUCUGCUUCUGAUGCCUCUCUUGAUGGACAGGCAUGGGACGAGCCCGGCACACAGCUUGACACUGCUCGUUGGUAUGCUUCCGUUCAGAUCAUGCCUAACAACCAGAUCUUCGUCGCUUCCGGCUCCCUAAACGGUCUCGACCCUACCAAGCCUGAGAACAACAACCCUACCUACGAGAUCCUCAAUGCCGACGGCACUCCCCAGGGCAAGUCCAUCAACAUGGAGAUCCUCAACAAGAACCAGCCUUACUACAUGUACCCCUUCCUUCACUUGAUGAAGGAUGGCAACCUCUUCGUCCAGGUCUCAAAGUCUGCUGAGAUUUUCAACGUCGGCACCGGCAACGUCGUUCGCACUCUUCCUGACCUUCCCGGUACCUACCGCACCUACCCCAACACUGGUGGUUCCGUCAUGAUGCCCCUUUCCAGCGCCAAUCAGUGGAACCCCGACGUUAUCAUCUGCGGUGGUGGCCCCUACCAGGAUAUCACUGCUCCCGGUGACCCAUCUUGCGGUCGCAUGAAGCCCCUUGACGCCAACCCCACCUGGGAGAUGGAUUCCAUGCCUGAGGGCCGUGGUAUGGUUGAGGGUACUCUUCUUGCUGAUGGUACCAUCGCCUGGGUCAACGGUGCUCAGGAAGGUGCCCAAGGUUUCGGUGUUGCUCAGGACCCUGCUCUCGAGGUUCUCCUUUACGACCCUACCCAGCCCAAGGGCAAGCGCUUCACCACUGGCCCUAAGUCGACCAUUGCCCGUCUCUACCACAGUGUCGCCCUUCUUCUCCUCGACGGUACCCUCCUGAUCUCUGGAUCCAACCCUGUCGAGCAGCCCAUCCUCCAGCCCACCGCUAAGGACCCCUACGUCACUGAGUUCCGCAACGAGAUCUACACUCCUCCCUACCUCCAGGGCAACCCUACUCGUCCUUCCGCUGUCCAGAUCUCCACCAAGGCUCUCAAGGCUGAUGGUUCUACGUUCACGAUCAAGUUCAACGCCCCUGCCAACUCCAAGGCUGUCAAGGUCAACCUCUACUAUGGUGGUUUUGUCACCCACUCCGUCCACAUGGGUCACCGCAUGUUGUUCCUCGACAACACCGGCUUCAACGCCGGCGCCACCGCCCAGACCAUCACCGUCACUAUGCCUCCUAACAGGAACAUUGCGCCUGCCGGCCCCUACGUCAUCUAUGUCCUUGUUGACGGCGUCCCGGCCAUUGGUCAGUUCGUCAACGUUUCGUAA